GAUUUGGUUUGGUUUCCGCUACUGUACUAUUGUGCUAUUUUUUAGUUUUUCAUACGAAAUUUGUGAGGAAAUGUCGAUUUCAACAGCUACAGAUGAGCGUACAGAGGGGGAUGAUGAUACAUCACAAGGAAGCCAGCCAAAAGAUGAGAGCAGUGAGUCAGAGAAUGAAAUAGAAAAUGAAAAUGAACCACAGAGCCAAAAUGGGGGUUCUCCAAGUCCUGAAGUUCAUGAAAUUACCAGUGAUGAAGACGAUGAUUGUGUUGUGUCAAAUGAAGAUGAAUCCUCGAAUUCAAGUACUGACAGUAAUGGAAGUUCAGAAGAAUCACAACAGAGUAAUAAGCAAAUCGAAAAGGCUAAAAUUGAAGAACAGAUUGAAAAUGGUGAAGAAGAGAGUGAUAUUGAGGAAGUAUCAAUGGAGGAUCCAUUAAACCAAACAAAUAAAACUAAACCUAUAGUGGUGAGUGACUCUAAAGGGUUAGCAGACUUAGCAUCAAAACAGCCAAAAUCUAAUGGAGAUCAAAAUAAAGAGCCAACUGUUGUAAUUAUUGACACUAAUACAAUACUUUCUGGAAAACCCACAAUGCCACCCACAAUACAAACCAAAACCUCUACCAGUGCAUUGGAUGCCCAUAAUUUGUGCCAAAGCAUUGCUGCCCGUGGCACUACUAUCACUCCAGUUAGCUGCAAAACCACUACAUCUACGCAGCAGAGCACUGCACCUACACCCCAACCAAACAUCUUACCAUCUUUAACAGAUGACAUGUUUGUUGUUGAAGCACCUUCAUUUAUAGUUCCUUAUGUCUAUGAGAAGCCAUCUGUUAAACCUUUCAGAGAGUUUGUGGAUAAAUUAGGGAAAGAGCUAGAAGAACUUAAAUUUAAAGAAGAACAGGAAAAGUUAGAAAAAGAAAAAGCAGAAAAGGAGAAAAAGGAAAAAGAAAGGCAAGAGAGAAUUGCUAGGGGGGAAGAAGUGGAAAAAGACACAGAAUCUGAAGAGCUAGAUGAGAAGAAAAAAACAGAGGAUGGGGCAUUGAAGGAAAAGAAGGCUGAGAAAAAACGACGGAGACGUUUGAAUGAUGAGGAUGAUGACUCAUGGGAUGGUGAGUCUAAUUCUGAAUCAGAUGAUGAUGGUGCAAGUGAUGAUGAUAUGGUAGUUAUUAAAGACAAAGAUGAUACUGCUAUUGAUGAGUUCAAGGACUCCAUGAACUUGUUUCCUAAGAGUGUUUCUGGAAAAUCUGAUAGUUAUUUUGAUUGUUCUUUAGGUCAAUUUUUUAUAAAUAUUGGGUUGAAUUUGGUGCAAGAAUUUGUUCAGAGUGAUUUGUUAAAGCAACAGAAUCGUAAAUUGUAUAAAGAAAAGAAAUCUGGUCGUAGCACAAAAGCAACAGAGACAGCUAUUGCUUCAUUAACACAAAAUUAUGAAUUUAGUAAGAAGACAAAUGCUCCCUAUUCUUUACAAAUGAAAAGAUGUGAUUUUUGUAGUUUUAAAACAGAGUCCAUCUUGGUAAUGAGCCACCACUUGGAAGCUCCUCAUAUGCGAAACAAUAUUUACAAAUGUAAUACUUGUCCAUUUGAAAUUCGUAGUCCUCAUGAUAUUUUGUUUCACAUGGAAGCUGAGCACAAUAUCAGAGGUCGGUUGGAAAGAGCACCGGCCUACCAGCAGUGUGCUAACUGUCAUUUUGAAGAUAAUAGUAAAACUAAAUUAGCAAGACAUCUCAUUGCAUGUGCUAAGAAAUUUAAACCUGAGUUCAACUUAGGGCCUCCAUUAGAAUGGGAACCCCCAGCAAAAAUACCAAAGCUUUCUAGAGCUCGUAAUAAUAUGAUGAACCCUUAUCAGUCUAACUUUAAUCGGCCACAAAUAAGUAUGAAUAAUUUGGGUCGACCACCAAUGAAUGUGACCAGUCUAAUACCAGGUAUGCCGAUACUUGGACGGCCGCGUGGCCGCCCACCCAUGACAACCUCGCGACCUACAGCAGUUUCUGGUGUGCCCAUCAUACGAAGUGGACUAAUGAUUAUGCAUAACAAUCCUCCAGCUGGCACUACCAUUUCCAAUUAUCCAAUAAUCCAAAAUAGUCAAGGUAGUAAUAACACAUCUGCUACACCCAAGAUAUCUAUAACACCCUUACCCCGUGCUCCCCAACCUUCCUCUUCACAAUCCUCACAAAACUCAAAGGCUGCCUUUGUUAUUUGCGAAAUAUGUGAUGGAUAUAUAAAAGAUUUGGAACAACUGAGAAAUCACAUGCAAUGGAUACAUAAAGUUAAAAUUCAUCCCAAAAUGAUUUACAACAGACCUCCAUUAAACUGUCAGAAAUGCCAGUUCAGAUUUUUCACAGACCAAGGUCUUGAGAGACAUCUGUUGGGGUCUCAUGGUUUAGUGACUAGCUCUAUGCAAGAAGCAGCAAACAAAGGUAAAGAUGCUGGUAGGUGCCCUGUUUGUGGUAGAGUUUACCAGUGGAAGCUACUCAAUCAUGUAUCUAGAGAUCACAACAUGACACUGAAGCCAGCACAUCUCUCAUACAAAUGCACCGUGUGCACAGCUACAUUUGGAAUGUACAAGCAGUUUGAGAAUCAUGUGUACUCUGCACAUAGUGUUGUUGCAAAACGGGUUAUGGAUAAAACUAAAACCAGCACUCCACCAAAGGCAACUGAUACGGACCCAUUGCUUAAGCCUUUAAAAAUCAGUGAUGAAAUUACAAUCAUACCACAGCCUGCCAAAUCAAAUGUAACUAUCACAGCAAAAGGUAAAUAACGUCAAAGUUGAGGGAGUGUGUGGUGUUCGGGAAAUACACGCACACAUGACGUCAACCAACUGACUGUAUGAAGAGAUGCACUUCCGUAACUUGAGCAGUAUUGUGUAAA